AUGAGUUAUCUGUACGCCAAUGGUAUUCAUACUACUGGCACUGUACGCAGGCAUAGGGCCGACUUACCUAAAAUUGUAAAGAGCAAAAGAAAACUGAAAUUAAAAAAAGGUGAGUAUAAAUGGAGAGUAAAAGGAGACGUAGCUUUUGCGAUCUGGCAGGAUACAAAGGAAGUUCUAUUUUUGACUAAUGUUUUCCACCCAAAAGUCAAUGAAACAUCCGUAACUAGAACACAAAACGAUGGUACGAAGGCUGAACAUCGAUGUCCUCCAUUAGUAAAGGAGUACACAAAAAGAAUGGGAGGAGUUGAUCACUUUGAUCAUAUCAAAGAAGUAAGAGGUGGCUUCGAAUAUUUUAUUUCCUUUUCGAUGCCUGUAUUACAAAUUCAUUCUUGA